AUGUUCAUGGGUAUCUACUUGAUGAUCGUAGCUAUAGCCGAUUCCUACUACCGUGGUUCUUACAUACUCUACGACAAAAUAUGGAGAAGCAGCAUUCUGUGUCAGUUCGCCGGCUUCAUUGCCACAUUUUCCAGCGAGUUGUCGGUGUUCACUCUGACCAUUAUUACCUUAGACCGUCUUAUUUGUAUCAUAUUUCCCUUCAGAUCACAUCGGAUGGGUUUAAAGGAGGCCCAACUGGUCAUGCUCUGUGUAUGGACAUUGGUUUUCUUCCUGUCAGCAGUCCCACUCUUCGGUAUCGAAUACUUCAAGGACUUUUAUAGCCGAUCUGGGGUGUGUCUAGCCCUUCACAUUACCCCGGACCGACCCCGUGGCUGGGAAUACUCCGUCAUGAUCUUCUUGGCCGUGAACCUGUUCUCCUUUGUGGCCAUUUUCAUCUCUUACCUCUGGAUGUUUGUCGUGGCCCGUAAAACUCGGAGUGCAGUACGGACGGCAGAGGCCAAGACGGAUAGUGCCAUGGCCAAGCGUAUAACGCUCAUUGUUCUCACGGAUUUCUUCUGCUGGGUUCCCAUUAUCAUACUUGGAAUUGCCUCCCUUUGUGGAGCAAGAAUACCACCGGAGGUGUAUGCUUGGGUGGCUGUCUUCAUCCUUCCAGUAAACAGUGCCAUUAAUCCUAUUCUCUACACGUUAUCAACAGCGCCAUUUUUGGGAAACAUGCGCAAACGAGCAACGAAAUUUCGAAAGUCUUUCAUGACAUCGAUGACAUUAGAAACGAAGCAUUCCUAUGUUGACGAUCGAACAUCUGGCGGGAACUAUUGGGAGAGAUCCAACUCACAUUACAGACAGUUAGAAUUUAUGCGUAUGCGACCUAUGGCGAAAUGCUCUUCGUCCCAAACCCCAGCAAACAACGGAAUCAAAUCUGAGAAGUAUGUGCCUAACCGUGGUCUGAAGGAAAAACUAAAAACUGACCACGAUUCGAACCACUCCCAGAUGGAAGUUACACAAACAGAAGAUUUUAUGUAG